AUGUUAGCUGUGGUUGUCGCCUCUAUUUUCAGAAGUAUGAAAAUAUUAGUAUUUUAUUGUACAUUCGUUCUGGUAUCGCUUUAUGCUUUGUCAGUCUUAUCAAUAAAAUGUUAUGUGUGUAAAGAGCCGGAUUUAAAAUGUCGUGAUCCAUUUCAAAAUGAUACAAUAUUUUUAAAAGAUUGUGCACAAGUUGGAAUGGCAAAUGCAACAAUGUGUAGAAAAUACAUGUGGGAAAUUGGUGAUGGUGUUACUUAUUUUCAACGUGGAUGUGCUGUACAUGGGCGAGUUAGUAGAAAACAAGGAAGAGGUUGUAUUGAGAGAAUAGGUACGGACAUGGAAGACAAGAAUGUGUCGGAGUGUUUUGUGUUGUUUCUGUCAUUUUUAUGCUUGGGCGUACUUCAAGCAUAUAGUUAUCCGUUAGAAUGUGCUCGUGGUUCAGAGUAUUGGUGUAAAAAUCGUGAACAAGCUCUGGAAUGCGGAGCAUUAAAACAUUGUGAACAAACUGUAUGGCGAGAACUAAAACCAGCAGUUCCAGUGAAUACACCUAAAAUGUUGUGUAGUGUAUUAGUGCGUGCGAUGAACGAUUUAUACUAUCAGAAUGGAAAACACAAUCCGAUAGAAAUAAAACAAUUUCUAAAACAAGAUUGUACCAAGUUAACCGGAAAUGAUAUUCAAGAGCAAUGUGUUACAGCUGUUGAUUUAUAUUCGGCCGAUAUUUAUCGUCAUAUUGUUGCUAAAACUGAAUUAUCAAAAAUUUGUGCCUAUAUUCAAGGUCACGAUAGUCCAUCAUCAGCAAUUGUUAUUCCACCUUUAGCAUCUGCCAAUAGUACAUGUGUUAUGUGUGAAUUUGUCAUUCAUGUUUUACAAGAAUUUAUAUCAGAAAAUUCUUCAGAAAGUGAAGUUGAAAAAUGGUUAGAAUAUGUUUGUCAAAUAAUGCCUUCGACUAUUCGUUCGGAAUGUCGAUCAUUCAUCGAAUCCUAUGGACCGGCAGUGGUCAGUGUACUCGUCCGUGAUUUUGAUCCAGCCACUGUUUGUAAAAAAAUAAAAGUAUGUGUGUCAGAAGUAGCAGUGCAACAAUUGACAAAUCCUUCUAAACUCGCAGUACAAGAUACAGUACCAUGCACGCUAUGUAAAUUUGUUGUGACCUAUUUGGAGACCACACUCGUCGAUAACAAGACAGAAGAAGCUGUCAUUUCAGCAUUAGAAAAAGUUUGCCAAGCUCUAGAACCAAAAGAUCGUAUUCCGUGUUUGCUGUUCGUUACUGUGUAUGGUCCAAAAUUAGAAGAAUUAUUACUCACAUUUGUUACACCUGAAGAGCUGACGGAUUUUAUUCGAUUCUCAUUUUAUUUAGCUCUAAACGAAAAGUAUUCAUCCCACAAAUAUAUCACUAUUGAACGUAAACUACAAUCAAUGCCAACUGAUAAAAAUUUAGAUUGCGUAUUAUGUCGUUAUGUUCUCACCUAUCUCGAUACUGUAUUAGAAGAAAAUAAAUCUGCUGAAGCCUUUGUAAAAGCUCUUGAGCUAGUUUGUUCAAUAUUAUCGGAUAAAAUGAGACAACAAUGUGAUUCGUUCGUUCACAUCUAUGGUCCAAUUUUGCCAGAAUUAAUAGCCGAAUUAGAUGAUCCAAACGUUGUUUGUCAUUGGUUAAAUUUAUGCAGCGACAAUAGUGUCUCAUCUUCAGUCGUUGUACCACCCUCUCCACUAUCAGUCGCGGAUGCAGAAUGUAUACUGUGUAAAUAUGUCAUCACUUAUUUGGACGCUGUAUUAAAAAAUAAUAAAUCGGAAGCAGCUAUUGUUGAUGCUUUGGAUAAAGUUUGUACCAUAUUACCGGAUAAAACAAAACAUCAAUGUGAAAUCUUUGUUAAAGCGUACGGACCAUUAUUAGCACAACUCAUUGCAGAGUUUGCAGAUCCAGCCACAGUAUGUCAAUAUUUGGGAUUAUGUCAAAAGAUUGAUAAUGAUCAAUAUCAUCUUAUACCGGUGAAAAAAUAG